AUGUCAAAUACACCAACCAAAAGAAAGUUUCAUGAUGGACCAGAAGUUAUAAAUGGAAAUAAUGAUCAACAAGAAAAGAAAAUAAAAAUAGAUAACCAAGAUGUUACAAAAACAUCACAAGAAACAAACACAACACUAUCUGCUGAAGAAAAAAAAAGAUUACUUAAAGAAAGAUUAGCAAAAAAGGUACAAGAAAGUAAAAAGGAAAUUGCUGCAAUUAUACAAAGUGAAAAUAAACCCCUACCAACACCAAUUACCACAACUACCAGUGUAACAACCCAAAAUAUACCAACACCAACAAUAACUCAAAAAGAAGAAAAAGAAGAUAUCAAAUUUAAUAAUGAACAAGAUGAUGCAAAUUUAGAAAAAGAAGGAGAAGAAAAUAAGCUAUUUUUUGAUCCAAGAAUUAAAGUUUCAACAGAUAAAAAGAAAAGAUUAAAUUCGUUUUCAUUUAUCAAACAAGGAAGAUAUACAAAGAAAGGUGACAAAAUUAGACAGCAGCUUUUAGAGGAUGAAAUUAAAAAACAACAAGAAGCAAAUCAAUUAUUAAAGAAAACUUUGGGCGAUGAAACUAUCGAAACAUUCAUAGCUAACGAAGAGGUACCAGAUAUAGAAUGGUGGGAUAAACAAAUUAUGAAGACUGAGGACGAAAAAGAAAUUAUUAGCAAUAUCGAAUCAUCAAAUAUUGAAUCAAUUUUAGAUACAGAAUAUUGGAGCUUUAUUGAACACCCAGUGCAAAUUAAAACAAUGAUACAAUCUAAAGAGAAUGCAAUUUUACCAAUUAAACCAGAUCUAUUAUUAUUAACCAAAGAAAGAAAGAAAAUGAGGAAGCAAAGAAGAGAAGAAAUCCAAAGGGAAAAAACAGUUCGAAUAUUAAAUGGUUUAGAGCCCCCACCAGAAAACAAGGUCAAACUUAGUAAUAUUAUGAGGGUUAUUGGCACUCAAGCAAUUAUAGAUCCAACCAAAGCUAUUUUAGAAGUAACCAAAAAGAUUGAGGAGCGUAAAAAACUUCACGAAUCACAAAACGAAGAAAGGAAAUUAACACCAGAACAAAGAAAAGAAAAAGAAAAAGAAAAAUUAUUUAGGGAUGCUAAAGAUUUACAUUGUUCAAUAUAUAAAGUAAUAGACUUAUCUCAUCCAUUAUUUCGUACAAAAGUAUCUAAAAAUGCCACUGAUCUUUAUGGAACUGGUUGUAUAGUAUUCUUUAACUCUAUGAAUUUGGUAGUGUUCGAAGCUGGUAUGAAGGCUCAAAAGAAAUUUAAAAAGCUAAUGUUAAAUCGUAUAGAUUGGGAAAACCCACCACAAUCAAAUGUUAAAGAAACAACAAAUAAUACAAAUCAAAUCGAAUUUCCUAAACCUCCUGCAGGUACAAUAAACUCAUGUCACUUAGUUUGGGAGGGUCCAAUCCAUAAACAAAAUUUUAAAGGUUUUCAUUUCGAAGUUUGUCAAAUUGAAUCACAGGCCAGGAAAUAUUUACAAGAGUGUGGCACCCCUCAUUAUUGGGAUUUAAUUAAAAAUUUUACAAAUGAAUAAUUAUAUAAAAUACCAACAACAAAAAAUUAUUUUUUUUAAUUUAAAAUAAUAAAGGCACAAAGAAAAUAGGUGAAUAUUACUUUUUUUACUU